CGCCUCUUGUCCUCACUCCUGUUACUCAGCGGGGAAGCACAGAAGCACAGCAGGGAGAGACACUGGCGAGGCUGACCCUGUGUUAGUGACGAGGGAGAAGAGUCACUGUUCCUGCUACCGGUGCUAAAGUGUCUGCCAUUCUCAUUCUCGGGGCAGCACACCACCACACCAGCACACCAUGGCAGGAAGCGUGCUGUCACUGGUGGUGGCGGUGUUGGCAGUGACAGCAGGUGAGCCACGACACAGACCCCGGCCCCGCCCUAACUGUCUGGACUCGAAGACUGUGUUCGGAGCUGGCGAGGUUUUCAGUCUUCCUUUCAACAACAACAAGAAAUACAUGUCAGAACUGGACAUAAACGCUUUCGUGAGGCCUGGCAGGGGCUUCCAAGGGAUAAAUCUACAGGUGGAGGGCAUGAAGGGUGUGGCAAACUUCUUCUACCCCUGCAAUACUGGCCCUCCCUGCUACUGGCGCCCUGGGAAGUGGCAACAAGUAAGAUUCAAAACAGCCACUAUGUUCUCCAAAACGACCUUCAGUGUUGGGUCUAUGACUUGUGGCGGGGCGUGUACCUCAAUAGGGGAGAUGCUCAUACCGAAGAAGUUUAGUCUGACAUCGAAAGGCUCAUCUAAGUGGAAGAUUCCUCGCCCAAGACCUUUCUGUCUCGGGAAAAUUAAGGUCAAGCCGAAGUUAAAGAGAGUGAAUGGAAAAUCCUGCUCCCAUUAUCACAAUCACCCCGUCACCAUCCCUCGCAAUGCUACAUAUGCCUUCCAACACCACCUCCCCACCCCCACCACCACUACCACUACUAGAAAGCCACCCACACGCCGCCCACAUACUACGGACAAAACUUCAUCUACUAACACCACCACACGCCGUCCUAAGCAUCACCACUCCACCACCGCUAUCACGCCCACUAACACCACUUAUAUGUACGUAACUACACCUUCAUACAUGUACACCACAACCCCCACUGCUGACACCACACGUAACUUGACCACACCACAACGCCACACCUCAACACCAGUUCCGGAGACUACCACCACACCUAACCUAUCCACAUCACACCGCCACAAAACAACACCAGUUCCUGAGACUACCACACCUAACCUAUCCACAUCACACCGCCACAAAACAACACCAGUUCCUGAGACUACCACACCUAACCUAUCCACACCACACCGCCACACCUCAACACCAGUUCUUGAGACUACACCUAGCCUAUCCACACCACACCGCUACACCUCAACACCAGUUCUUGAGACUACACCUAGCCUAUCCACACCACACCGCUACACCUCAACACCAGUUCUUGAGACUACACCUAGCCUAUCCACACCACACCGCUACACCUCAACACCAGUUCUUGAGACUACCACACCUAACACAUCUACACCCCACCGCUACACCUCAACACCAGUUCUUGAGACUACCACACCUAGCCUAUCCACACCACACCGCUACACCUCAACACCUAACACAUCUACACCCCACCGCUACACCUCAACACCACUUCCUGAGACUACCACACCUAGCCUAUCCACACCACAUCGCCACAAAAUAACACCAGUUCCUGAGACUACCACACCUAACACAUCUACACCUCACCGCUACACCACAACACCAUUUCCUGACUCUCUUAUUUCCAUUAACACUCCUACUGAAACUUCCACGAAAGAUUCCAUUGAACGUAACGAAACUUCACCCAUUACUUCCUCGAAAACUUCAGAAACUCACACUGGAAGUUAUGAGCAUCCUAACAGAACUUCAGAACCUUACGAGAAAACUUCAGAACCUUCUAUGGAAACUUCAAAACCAUCAGAACCCUCCCAGGAAACUUCAGAGGCCUCCAAGGAAACUUCAGAAUCCUCCUUGCAAACUUCAGAACUAGAAUCUUCCAAGGAAACUUCAGAGGCCUCCAAGGAAACUUCAGAAUCCUCCAUGCAAACUUCAGAACUAGAAUCUUCCAAGGAAACUUCAGAGGCCUCCAAGGAAACUUCAGAAUCCUCCAUGCAAACUUCAGAACUAGAACCUUCCAAGGAAACUUCAGAGGCCUCCAAGGAAACUUCAGAAUCCUCCAUGCAAACUUCAGAACUAGAACCUUCCAAGGAAACUUCUUCUCUGGAAACUUCAGAACCCUCCAAGGAAACUUCUUCUGCAGGAAGUUCAGAAUUCUCCAAGGAAACUUCAGAAUCCUCCAACGAAACUUCAGAACCUUCCAAGGAAACUUCAGAAUCCUCUAAAGAAACUUCAGAACUCUCCAAGGAAACUUCAGAACUAGAACCCUCCAAAGAAACUUCAGAACUCACCAAGGAAACUUCAGAACCUUCCAAGGAAACUUCAGAACCCUCCAAGGAAACAUCAGAACUAGAACCUUCCAAAGAAACUUCAGAACCCUCCAAAGAAACUUCAGAACUCUCCAAGGAAACAUCAGAACUAGAACCCUCCAAGGAAACUUCUGUGGAAACUUCAGAACUUUCUAAGGACACUUUAGGAUCCUCACAGGAAACUUCAGAUAUAGAAACUUCAAGGAAACUUCAGAACCAGAACAUUCGAAGGGAUCUUUGGAACCAGAAUCUUCCCAGGAAACUUCAAAACACUUAGAACCGUCAGAGGAAACAUCAGAACCAGAACCAUCAAAGGAAACUUCAGAUUCAGAACCGGAAACUGUAGAACCAGAAUCAGAACCGUCCAAAGAAGCAGUAGAACAGGAAUCAUUGAAGAAAACUGUAGAACCAGAACUUUUGGAGAAACUAUAGAACCGGAAACUCUACUAGAACCUUCAGAGGAAAUUGUAGAACCAGAACAAGAAAAAUCCAAGGAAACUAUGGAACCAGAACCUUUGGAGAAAAUUAUAGAACCAGAACCUGUGGAACCAGAACCCAAAUCUGAGGAAACAGUAGAACCAGUACCUUUGGAGAAAAUUAUAGAACCAGACACUGAAGAACUAGAACGAAAAUCUGCUAAGGAAACCGUAGAACCACAACCUUUGGAGAAAAUCAUAGAACCAGAACCAAAAUUUUCUGAGGUAAUCGCAGAACCAGAACUUUUGAAGGAUAUUGCAGAACUGGAAACUGCAGAACCAGAAA